UGCUUUAUUGUAUUAACAAAUCCUUUGAUCCUCUCUCUGUGUUGAUGAAUUGCUUGCUCACACGCUUUUCAACAGUUUAGAUACAUAAAAAUUCCAGCAGUCUUAGAUCAAAUAACUAUGAGAGGCCUUUGAGAUGCAUUCUCUAUCUCUUAGAAACAGAGAGAGAGAGAGAGAGAGAGAGAGCUCUGUUUUUCUUUUUUUUUUUAAUUCAAUCUUCUUUGCUUCUUCUUGUUAAGUGAUGUGGUAUUAUUUUUAGCUAGCUAGGUGAAUGAGAGAGACAUGGAGGAGACUAUAAAGAUAUGUGAUUUAUCCGACGAUUUGCUAUUGCGGAUCUUAAUCCUGGUCCCGGCAAAAGAUGAGGUGGCCACUGCCAUCUUGUCUAAACGAUGGCGUUACAUCUGGCAGUUGCUGCCUCACCUCACCUUCAAAGAAGACGAAGACCAAGACAGCGAGAGCUUUGGUUGGUUUGUUGACAAGACAAUGCAACUCCACAAGGCACCGUCACUAAUAUGCCUGGACGUCGAACUGGGUCCACUAUGUCCUGUUGACGUAGAUGUAACAAAGUGGGUUGACAAGGCAGUUAACCACAACGUGAGAUAUUUAGAUUUCGCUCUCCUCUGGGAAGGAGAGCCCACAAGCUUCCCUAAGAGCCUUUACACAUGCCGCACGCUCGUUUCUUUAACUCUGUCCAACCAGAUCCUCGUCGAUGUUUCUUUCCCGGAUGCUAGCCUGCCAUCUCUUUUAUAUCUGAAACUUGUCAAGGUGGUGUACAAAGACGAAGUUUCUCUUGCUAGGCUUUUAUCAAGUUCCCCUGUUCUCCGCGAACUGGAUGUUCAACGACGUGAUGAGGAUGAAAAUUUGACAAACUUUACCGUCAAAGUGCCUUCAUUGAAAGAAUUUACUUAUGGUAGGUUGAGAUGGGGCAGUUAUAGACCUUAUGGUGGUGGUGGUAGAUGGGAAGAUCAGAUUGGGGGGGUCGUCGUUGGUGAUAGAUUGCCCUCCACUAACAUAUUUAAGGAUAUAUGA